UCUGAAUCGGAAGCCAACUUCAGCGUCGUCUCGAACGACAGGAGGCGGAAGAGGUGUGUUUUCUCCACUAAACACACAACAAAGCGAGGUUGCCUCUGAAUGGCGAAAACACACAAAGAGCAGUAGACCUAAGGAGAUUAGCAGGAAAAGUAAAGGUAGGGAAUAAGGAAAAGGGAAGAGCGCAAAUAAAACUCGAGUGACUUUUUGUGUCUGCGGGACCGUGAACGCACCUCCGCCUGAAUGCUGUUGAGGAAACUUCUGCAGUUAAAAGACAGGAACAGCGACAACAAACGCGUUUACAACCAGAAAUCAAUGACACCAAAGACUUCUGUUUGAUAAAAUACAUGCAAUCAAACCUCAUCUGUUAAGAUUUAGUGUCUGAUGCCAGCAGGAUGGGGAACAGCAGCAGUGACAGGUCCGGGAGUCAGGGUGAGAGGUCAGACAGGGAGCAGGGAGGCAAGGAGGCCCGUCCCAACAUCCUGAUGGACAGCUCAGAGGACGCAGACCUGUUCCAGCGAGAAGAUACAAAGGCUCCAGAGGAAAUCCAGGAGUUUCUGGCCUGGCAGCACGACCUGGAGAGCGAAAGCAAGAGUCCAACUCAGGCCAGACCGACUGUGUUCAGGUGGACGGGGGCCGCCAAGGAGGUCUUUGUGUCGGGAUCCUUCAACAACUGGGCCACCAAGAUCCCUCUCAACAAGAGUCAAAAAAACUUUGUGGCUAUUGUGGAUCUACCGGAGGGAGAGCACCAGUACAAGUUCUCUGUAGACGGGCAGUGGACCCUGGACCCUACUGGGGCCGUGACGACUUCUAAAACUGGCACAGUGAAUAAUGUCAUCCAGGUGAAGACGACUGACUUUGAAGUCUUUGACGCCCUCAGGAUCGACUCAGAGGACACUGAAGAUAUCUCAGACUUGUCCAGUUCUCCUCCUGGCCCGUACCUACAGGAAGCAUAUGUGAUAAAGCCCGAAGACAAGAUCAAAUAUCCUCCCAUCUUACCCCCCCACCUGCUGCAGGUGCUGCUCAACAAGGACACAAGCAUCUCUGUGAGUACACGCUCCAUGAAGGACGACACGUUUCUCUCUUGCUGA